AUGAAGUGGGCUGAUCGCACCACACCUCCACUGCCUCCCUCUCCCCCUUUCUUCCGUCCCUCCGCCCCCCCUCCCCCUCUCUUCCCUUUCACCCUCUUCCCCCCUUCCCCUGCACACACCCCCCACCCAAUUGCAUCGCACGUCGUACCCCCUUUAGGCCACUUCCUGUUGACCAACCUGCUGCUGCCGAAGCUCAAGGAAACUGCCAAGCAGGAGGGCGCAGAGGCACGCAUCGUGAUCGUGUCCUCCGCCGCGCACCAGUUCCCGUACCCGGGCGGCAUCCGCUUUGACGCCAUCAACGCCAAGGAGGGGUACGACUCGGUGAGGGCGUACGGGCAGUCCAAGCUCGCUAAUAUCCUGCACGCACGGGAGCUCGCACGGCGGCUCAAGUGCAGGUAUGACUGUAAAUGCUCUGUACCCAUGGGUGAUCGAUCCUUCAACAAUGGAAAAACCCCCUGCUUCCCUCGCCAACACCCUCCAUCACCCUCCCUCCUCCCCUCUCUCCCCUUCCCUUCUCUCCCUUGA